UUCGCUAAUGUACUUCCAGAGCACUGACCUUUUGUUUACCGAUCUUCUAGUCAAAAAUAGACCUAACUACCGGCUGUCAAAACCAUAUUGCCAUUUUGAGUCUUUAAUUUAGAGCUUCAGCCGCAACAGUGGAAAGUCAAUUUUUUAACAUGAAUUCCGUCACUGCAGACAGCUUUCGACAUCUUUGUACGGAGAGCGAUUUUCCAAAAAGGAGGCGACAACAAGUUAGCUAGCUAGCUGGUUCUCCGCUAACGAUCGUCUGGGCUCUCUUUCCAUAGUUACGGUUGUAUUUUGUCAACAGUGUUAGGAUAUCUUCAGGCUCUCAUGCAGUCAAACACUAAAAACUAAGACGGAUAAAAGCGCUGCAGUUUGAUUGCACUACUUUAUUUUUCCCGUCGUGGAAAGACACCAGUCGGUCUUAUAAGCUAAUAUAUUAGAGUUUUUAAAGCCAUGGCCUAUAGUUUCCUGAACACGGAUGAGGCUUCCCCGCCGGCUCUGACAGAUCUGUGCCUGACUCAUGUAAGCCAAAACCUGGAAUGUUUCUGUGUGAAGCGCCCUGAUGGCUCCCUGUGCUUCAGAGAGGCUGUCCUCUUCCCUCAGGAGCUAGCCGACCAGCUGCUGGCCAAGAUGGCCACUGAAGGUCUGUUGAAUGACAGCACAGCGGGGGUAUUUCGUAACUGUGAAUACCUGCGGCUGAGACGAGCCUGCAUCCGUACAGCGCGUAUCUCUGCUGAGGCUUUUCAGAAAGCCCUCUGCCCUCACAGACUGCUGGAGCUGGAUGCUGCCAGGGUUAAUGCAGACCUCACUAUUCCUGAUAUUCUUCAAGGACUGGCCACCAACAAAUUCUGUCAGGAGUCCCUCCAGCGACUUGUCCUAACAGGUCUUACCAUGUCGUCUCUGGAGGAACCCAGUCGGUACCGCUUCAGCUCCCUCCCAGCCCUCCGCUCCCUUUCUCUUGCCAAUGUAGACUUCUAUGACUCUGGGCUUGUGGACGUGUGUUCCCUGCCUCGGCUGGAGAGCCUCGAUCUCUCCAACACAUCAGUGACCAACCUGACCCCUCUGCUGGGCCUGAAGGAGCGGCUGCGCUCACUGACACUGCACCAGCUGAAGAGGCUGGAGAUGAGCACUGCUCAGAUGCUGGGAGUCAUCGGCCAGUUGAAUGUAUUGCAGCACCUGGACAUCAGUGAUGAUAAGCAGUUCACCUCUGAUGUGGCUCGACAACUGCUUGGACAGCCAGGGAUCCUGCCUGCUCUUGUUUCCCUGGAUGUGUCAGGGAGGAAACAGGUGACCGAUGCAGCUGUCAAGGCAUUUAUUGAGGAGAGACCAGGGAUGACCUUUGUGGGACUUCUGGCCACAGAUGCUGGAUUUUCUGAGUUCCUCUCUGGAGAUGGAAAUCUUAAGGUAACAGGAGAAGCCUACGAGACCCAGAUCUGUGAGGCCCUGCGGCGCUACAGUGAGAGGGAAGGUUUUGUGAGAGAAGCUCUGUUUCAUCUGUUCAGCCUGACCCAUGUGAUGGAGAAACCCAGGCCUGACAUCCUUAAGCUGGUGGUUUUGGGGAUGAAGAAUCACCCUGCCACUCUGAAUGUCCAGCUGGCAGCCAGUGCCUGUGUGUUCAACCUGACGAAGCAGGAUCUGGCAGCAGGAAUGCCGGUGCGACUGCUGAGCAUCGUCACUCAGCUUCUGCUGGAGGCCAUGAGGACGUUCCCCAACCACCAACAGCUCCAGAAGAAUUGCCUGCUGUCUCUGUGCAGUGACCGCAUUUUGCAGGAGGUUCCAUUCAACAGGUUUGAAGCUGCCAAGCUUGUGAUGCAGUGGCUCUGCAACCAUGAGGACCAGAACAUGCAGAGGAUGGCUGUGGCUAUCAUUUCCAUACUGGCUGCUAAGUUGUCCACAGAGCAGACAGCCCAGCUGGGAGCAGAGCUGUUCAUAGUGAAGCAACUGCUCCACAUUGUGCGUCAGAAGGCAACUCAGGCCGUGGUGGAUGCCACCCUCAAAUUCACACUGAGCGCUCUCUGGAACCUCACGGAUGAAUCACCAACAACCUGCCGCCAUUUUAUUGAGAACCAGGGCCUGGACCUGUUCAUUAAAGUUUUAGAGUCCUUCCCCAAUGAGUCCUCUAUUCAGCAGAAGGUUCUCGGCCUGCUGAACAACAUAGCCGAGGUGGGGGAGCUGCACGUUGAGCUGAUGGUGCAGAGCUUCUUGGACCACAUCAGCAAACUGCUGCACAGCUCUGAGGUGGAGGUCAGCUACUUCGCCGCGGGCAUCCUCGCACAUCUGACAUCACGAGGAAAGGAAACCUGGACGCUCAGUCCCGAGCUCCGGUCUUCUCUGCUGGAGCAGCUGCAUAAUGUCAUCAUGAAGUGGCCCGCGCCUGAGUGUGAAAUGGUGGCUUACAGGUCAUUUAACCCCUUCUUUCCCCUUCUGGAGUGCUUUCACACCCCCGGGGUCCAGCUGUGGGCGGCCUGGGCCAUGCAGCAUGUCUGCAGCAAGAAUGCCGCUCGCUACUGCAGCAUGUUGUUGGAGGAGGGCGGCCUGCAGCAGCUGGAGCUCGUGCACACACACCCACAGACCCACAAAGAUGUCCAACUGUUGGCUAAGAGCAUUCUGGAGAGCCUGCAGCGCCACAGAGCGCGCACCGGACAGCCUGUUCAGACGCACACCAGUCGCCACCCGCCACCACAGUAACCUCACAAAGAAAAUGAGGCUCUCUGACCAAGUUCUGGAUAUAAGCUGGGUCCCAUGAGAGGAAUCGUGUAUGCCUGUGUGCAUAUCCCAAGCACAAACACACUUUAUCAAGAAUCCAGAGAAAGGAAACACUAAAGGACAAACGCUAGGCAAUUAUUUUCACACACACACACACAUUAUUUAUUUUCUGUUGAUUCUGUAUUUGUCUCAAAACAAAACAAUUUCUGUGUGUGUUAAACUCGUGACUAUAAACAGAAUUAUGAAAACUAUUGGCCAGUAAAGCUUAAAUCUCAUCCUGAGGUUUCUGUCUGUGCUCGCUGUUCAUUUUGAACCAUGAUGAAUAUAAUACCAAAAAAACGUUCAGUGCUCGUGUACAGUUUGAGUUUAAACCCCUAAAAGCUCGGCUGAGGGUAACACCCUCCAGCUCCUGUACAUUA